CUGAGUGAAUGUGAUUGUCCGGAUGUGAAAGAUGGCGCCGCACAUGUCACGGUGAGACGAUGAAGAAGAUGAAGAUGAAGAGGUGUUGAGGUGUUCUCAUCGUUUUUAAAGGACAAAACGCUUCGUCGGACAGCAGCGCAGUGACGUGACUUUGUUGUUGUAGUUAGUGAGGUGAGCAGAGAUGUCUCUGAGCGGAAUGUGUCGUGCUGUCCGGCUGUUAGGUCAAAUUCAGCGACGUCGUCCAGUAACAGCUCGGUGUCUGAGUCAGGCCGCCUCUCAGCCGGAGCCCAGCGCCGAUGAAAAUGAAGCCGUGAGCCCGACCUUUGUGAACAGAAACCCGCGGAACCUCGAGCAGAUGGCUCUGGCUGUGAAGGACCGGGGCUGGAAGACGACCUGGCCCCGCCGGGAGUUUUACCACAGGUUGGAGUUUUCUCGCAGCCAGCACCACGUGACAGCACAGGUGUUCUCCGCCAGCUCUCCUGUCCCGGUGCUCGUCUGUUCAACCAAGGAGUGGGCGGUGAAGAAGGAGCUUGGGUCCACAAGCUGCGUGGCAGCGUGUCAGGCUGUGGGCGAAGUGCUGGCACAUCGAUGCAAGCAGGCCGGCAUCACGAGGAUGGUGUACAGGGAGAUUCCCUGGACAUACCGCUCUGACGCUGUUCAGUCAUUCAGGACAGCAAUGAAAGAGGGAGGAGUCACUCUCAGUGAACCCAGAAGGAAAUACAUCGGGACCUGAAUUUAGGUGUCAUCUGUUUUGUAACAAUGUUCUUUGUAUCUCUUAUGCUCUGCUAUCACCAUACGGAUGUUCAGAUGACCCGCAUUGUAGUGUAUUGCAAUAUCAGAAGGGUCAAAAUGAUCGAUGAAAGUAAAGUUGCUUGUCUCGUGCUGUGUCUCUUGUCAAUAAAAUGUUUCUGAACAGAA